AUGGGCUUCGCAGCUACUGGAGACGCCUUCUGCCUGCGAGGUGAUAUGCCCUUCAAGGAGACGGCCAUCUCAGCUGAUAAGCAGAAAGUCAGUGCCAUCAAGGAUUUUCCAACCCCUGCUAACCUGACAGACCUCAGAUCGUUUAUGGGAUUGGUCAACCAGUUAGCGGAGUUCACGCCUGACAUCUCCAUCGCAGCCCAACCUUUACGUCCCCUGAUGAGUCCCAAGAGAACACCUUUGUUUGGCCCCGGACCCACCGACCAUGAUGAAGCAUUUCAACGUGUCAAGUUAGCUCUCACCAGUCCACCAGUUCUCGCCCUCUUUGACCCAGACCUACCUGUUGUUCUUCAGACGGACGCUUCACGCCUCCACGGCAUUGGAUAUGCCCUCCUGCAGGACCAUGGUAAUGGACAACCUGCGUCUAGUUCAGUGUGGUUCUCGGUUUCUCGCUGA